AUGCCCAGAGCUGCGCAUCAAUCGUUCGGCGUGGUAUCCACCGCGCUGAACGACACCACCGGUACGACGCUGGAUCCCCUUUCGCCCGCGGUCUCCGCCCCCUUCCCUCCCGGAUUCACACCCCCCCCCGCAUCGCUCACCGACGAAUCGCUCACCGUCGCCCGUCUCCCUCGCCCUUCCCGCGCAGGAUUCGCCGCGCCGCUGGUCUCGCACCUGCGACGCAUACGCGAUUUGGACGCCAAGUCCACCGCCGUCGUCGACGGCGUCAAGAGGAAGGUUGAGGAGAGGCUCGAGGCGACGCGUUCGGGCGAGGGCGAUCCGUCGUGCAAGAGAACCAGGGCGUCGGGCGACGCGUCCUCCAGCGGCGCCUCCGCGCCGUCCGCGAACGAGCGCGAGGUCCGCGACGCGUGCACCGACGCGCUCGCACUCGCGGACGAGAAGGUGGCGCUCGCGCAGGCUGCGUACGACCUCAUCGACGCGCACAUCACCAGGCUCGAUCGCGAUCUGAGAACCUUCGACCAGGCGCUGCUCGAGCGCGAGGCGGCGGAGGCGGCGGCGGCGGGGAUCAAGCCCUCGACGCCGGGGGGCGGCACCGGAGGAGGCGGGGUGAAGACAGAGAACGUGGGGGGGGCGCCCUCGGCACCCUCGGCACCCCCGGUGGAUCCGAACGAGCCGAGGUACUGCGUUUGCCAGCGGGUAUCCUUCGGAGCCAUGAUCGCGUGCGACAACGACAACUGCGACAUGGAGUGGUUCCACUACUCGUGCGUGGGUCUGAGCACCGAGGCAAAGUUCAAGGGGAACUGGUACUGUCCGGCAUGCACCGCGGAGAGGAGGCGGCUCAAGAAAUUGGAGGCGAAGGAGGCGGCCGCGGCUGCCAAGAAGUAG